AUGUAUUUCCCACAGAUCCUGCGACGAGAUCAGCAACCAACUCCCCUCCUAUAUCUACUCCCCCUCAUUUUAUUCGCUUCAUCUGUCUCGGCUCAUGGCGGCCACACGGACAAGAUUCCCGAAGGAGAGGCCGUCUCUCCUGAUCCCCUGGACAGCCGGCUAUGGAUUCACAUCCUCCUCAUGAUUGUGUCAUUUGGCAUGAUAUUUCCCUAUGGCAUGGUUUUGGGAAUCAUCAAGAGUCGUUGGCAUGUUCCUCUACAAAUCGUGGGCACGGUUAUCGCGACCGUUGCCUAUUUCUUGGGACAUAUGCACAAAGGGCGACAAUUUCGCCACCCGAACAUCCACGCGAGUUUUGCCAAUAGCCUGGUGUUGAUGCUCCUCAUUCAGGUUGGCCUAGGUGUCGGUUUGAAGUUGCACCUUGAAGAGAAGAAGGGGUGGAUCGGACGGGUGUUUGGUGGGAAGAUGGGAAGAGGCGGGCGGAGAGGUGUGGUCAUGAUCCACGGCUGGUUGGGGAAACUAAUGCCCAUUGUCGCAUGGGCGCAAAUGCUCUUUGGAGGGAUCGUCGCCAUGGGAUACUGUCGAGGUGACCAUCUGGGACAGUGUUUGGCACACUUCAUCAUGGGGUCGGCGUUCAUCGCGUACGGCGUCAUCAUGACUCUCCUCCUACUCGUGGGUCAAGCAUGGUUGAGAAGGACGGGAAGAAGCCAGGAGUUCUUCGACAGCUGCGUGAUCGCCGCAUGGGGCUGUGUCAACACAUUUACAGAACAUCGCUGGGGCCAUCCGUGGGUCAAGAACGAUCUGCAGCACACGAGCAUGGGGAUUGUUUGGUGGUGUGCGGGCUUGCUAGGCGUUUGGCUGUCGAGAUCGAGGAACGGGCGACCAAAAAGAAAUAUCCUGCCUGGCCUGGUCAUCCUCAUGACAGGCUGGGCCAUGAGCGCGCACCCCCAGGAUCUGCCUCUGAGCACCAUGGUGCAUACGGUGUUUGGAUACACCUUGAUGGCUGCGGGUGCGGCCAGAAUUGUGGAGAUUUCCUUCUUGCUCAAGGACAGCCGUGGCUCAGGCGAGGUUAAUAGCUGGCAGCACUUGCCUCCAUUCGUGAGUCUCUGCAUUUCCCCUUCAUUCAUGUUACGGUCUGCUAAUGAGUAUUGUGUACAGCUCCUGUAUGCCUCCGGCUUCCUCUUCAUGGGCGCGACCGAGGAACAAAUGCACCUUCUCUCCGACGCGGACGUCACGCACGUCUCCUACAUCUUGAUCCUCUACAGCAUCGCCUUCUUACUCUAUCUGUUUGUGAAUAUCUUGCUGUACGUCUACGCAAGUCAUGCAUGGCCGGACGACGAGAGCAACGGAGUGCGCUCCUCUUAUGGCGCAGGCGGUUCCGGUUCCGGGAGGAGCCUGAGUGUCGCCGGGCCCAGUGGUCUCGGUGGACAGCACACGAGAAAGAUGUCCACCCUCUCGGGUGUCGGGAUGAACGGAGGGGCUAAUGGCCCCGUGAACGGCAGCGCGAGAAUACCCCGACAUCGAGGCACCGCUAGCCAGCAAGUCCGGGACGCCGAGGAGUUUGAGCUCGAAGGCUUGAUCAGUGACGAAGGCGAGGAUGAUGUCGAGAGUCCUCGCGUGGGAAAGAAAGAAGGUGCCGUCGCGUUGGCUUAG